AGUAAGUUGUGGUUUUUUUUUGCUCGAAAUAAACAUGAACCCCAUCGAAAUUACCAACUUUGGCGCCGUUGUUCAGUGCCCUUACAACAAAUCGCACACUAUUCUUGCGCAGCGUUUUGCAAAACAUCUGAUCAAGUGCCGGCGCCAACAUCCAAAUGCCAAGAUAGCGAUUUGCCCAUUCAACAGCUCGCACCACGUUAAUGAGCAGGAGAUGAAAGUGCACACGACGACUUGCCCCGAUCGGAGACAAAUCGAAUCGUUCAUGUAUCCGAUCGGGUGUCCGGCAAAUCCGUCGAUGGAUAGUACGCUAGUUCCAUCUGAUCAGGGCGCAACUGGUGGAUUGAUGGACAAUACGCUGGUUCCGUCCGACCAAAGCGUAGCUGCUGGAUUGAUCGAUAGCACGUUGGUUCCGUCCGGAACUGGUGUACCGGAUGAAGGGGCACACUGCUCUACGUCCGAUUCAUUGUGCGAGGAGGAAAAUUGGGACGACAUGGAUGAGCCGCCGUACAAUCCGCAAGAGUAUUGCGUGCGCAAUCUGAUCAUCCGGAAGGCCACUCAAAAGACAAAAUCUCAAAGACGACAAUUUCGUGAGGCAGAAAGGAAACGUUUUGAAAUGCUGAAAAAUCGUGACGCUUUUCCUCAAAAUCGUGAAACAUGAUGUGUGUGUAUUGGAAAAACCAGAAAAGGUCAUAUAUUGCAGAACUUUUUUUCAUAUUGUUACAAAUAAUUUACAACAGCGAGUCCCUCUUUUGCAGGACAAGUAGAAAUUUAGACGUGUGAAAAGAUGUACCGCAACCAUUGUAUCCAUCCAUAAUGAUGUCAAAAUAAA